AUGAGAAAUAGUAUUUAUUCAAAACCCAUCAAUCCGUCGGCCUUUGAGAGCGGCUCCUUCACGCUCUCAAUGAAUUGCCACUUCGAGGUCAAGACGGUGUCCACCACGUGGAGGGAUCUCGGACCACGCUAGAAGACACACCGACAUACAUAUCCACUCUGGAUGAACGAGGCGGAACGGGCUUGGUAGGCUUCUUCUUAUUCUUCGCCCUAUUCCUCCUCCUCCAACUGGAGAUGGCAGAUUGCGUUCACAAGCUCUCCCUCCUGCCUUCGCCGGAGAUUCUUCUUCCCCUCCAUCCCCGCAGAGUCGCCGUCGUCACUGGCGCCAACAAGGGCAUUGGCCUGGAGGUCGUCCGGCAGCUAGCCCUCCAUGGCGUCACCGUCGUCUUAACAGCCAGGGACCAAGGCAGGGGAACCAGGGCCGUCGAUUCCCUCAAACUGCCGAAUGUGCUCUUCCACCAGCUCGACGUCCGGGACCCCGGCGGCCCCCCUGCACUGGCCGACUUCCUCACUGCCCGAUUUGGCAGCCUCGAUAUCCUCGUACUUCUUCUGGGCAUUUCCUCGAACAUCUUCUGCACGCUCAUUUCUGACCACCUCCUUCCUCCUCCCUCCCACCACUAUUCACAAACCCUAGGUGAACAACGCCGGGCACGGCGGGGUGACGACGGACGUCGAAGGUCUCAAGGCCCUGAACAUCGAUCCCCGCCAGUGGGUAACUUCUGCACUCUAAUUUUCUGCAAAUCUUGGGCGAGCCCAAGUUUCUUCAUCUGACCGUAUUCGAUCCAGCUCUCCGGCGGCGCAGCCGACCUCGUUCGAGGCGUGAUCAAGCAGGACUAUGAAGGGGCGGUGGCCUGCAUAGACAUCAACUACUUCGGCUGCAAGCGGGUGACGGAGGCCCUGCUCCCUCUCCUGCAACUCUCCUCCUGGGGAGCCACCAUCGUCAACGUCUCCUCCCUCCGAUCAGAGCUCAGGGUACGGAGGGAUAGAAAGAGAAACACAGAGAGAGAGAGAGAAAAGACUGGUUUUUCCUCACUUGACUCCUGCUGGUGCAGAGGAUCCCGGGAGAGAGGAUAAGGAAAGAGCUGGGGGAGAUGGAGGGCCUGAGCGAGGAGAGGAUCGAGGAGGUGCUGCGGAGGUUCCUGGAGGACAUGAAGAGGGGCGACCUCGAUGGCGGCGGCUGGUGCCUGAUGCUGCCGGCGUACAGCAUCUCCAAGGCGGCGCUGAACGCCUACACGCGGGUCCUGGCGGCGCGCCACCCGGCGAUGAGGAUCAACUGCGUGCACCCCGGCUAUGUCGACACAGACAUCAACUGGCACACCGGCAUCCUCACCGUCAGUGAGGGGGCCAGAGGGCCGGUGGCUCUCGCCAUGCUCCCCGCCGGCGGGCCUUCCGGCUGCUACUACGACCAGACCACCCUCGCGAGCUUCUUCUGA